AUGUGGAAUCUCAAGUGUCGAAUCAUCCGGAAAUGGGUUCAGUCCUUUCGGAUGGACCUGAUCUUGCUCGAUGAGAAGGGCCGUAAGAUUCAGGCAUGGAUUAAAGCUCCAUUGAUACCUAUGUUUAUCUCACAACUUCAUGAGGAUGAAGUUGUUAUUCUCUCCAGAUUUGGUGUUGGAGAAAACACCAAUGCUUACAAAGUUGUUAACCAUGGUUACAAGAUUAACUUUUACCGUUGUACGGUUGUUACACGUGCGAAUGGUUGGCAAGGUGUUGAUUACGGAUUUAACUUCAUGGCACAUUCAGACAUUCUUAAAAGAGAAGGAAAGAAUCUGCUCACUGUCGGACAAUAUACUGUUCAGAAUGAUAAGUUUGGAAGUCGUAUGUUUCUCAACCAAGAAAUUGAUGAGGUAAUGUCAUGUGUGGUAGUUGCAACGAUCAAAAUUGUUCAAGAAAACUAUGGGUGGUUUUAUCCGGCAUGUCGAGAGUGUAACAAGAAGGUGUUGACUAAAACUGAGUACUUACAAUAUGCUAAAACCAUUUCUGAUGAGGUCAUGAAUCUGUCACCUACUUCAUUGGUUUGUCCGAAAUGCGAUAAAGAAUGCACAUCGAUAACCAUAAAGUUCAAGGUACAUUUGAGAGUGCAAGAUGAAACCGGCAGUGUGUCUUUUGUGAUGUUUGAUAAAGAUGUAAUGAAGCUCAUUGGUUCAACUGCGAGUGAUAUAAGGGAACGCCAGGUGAAGGUCAAUGAUACUGAAAGUUUUCCCCAUGAAAUAUCUCGGUUGGUCGAAAAGAAGUUGGCUUUUAAAAUUGAAGUUUCUGAUUACAACCUUAACCAUGACUACCACGUUUACACUAUCCAAAAAGUAUGUGAUAAUCCGGACAUAAUUGCUGAAUUGGUUGCUGGUAAUGGUAAUGCUCUUGAUGUUGCUGAUGAGGUGUUUAGUCAAGAAGGUUCAGAAUUCAAAGCUGUUCAAUUAUCCGAAUCCUCACAGAUGGUCAGUGCUGCUAUUUCAAAGGAUGUUGUAUCUGUUACGGCCGACUCUUCCGUUGUCGAAGCCGAGAAGGAUUCGGGCACCAGUCCUAAUGGUAAACGUUCGUUGCAGGACGUGGAAGGUCAAAAUGUUGGGGAACUAUCUUCUAACAACAAAAGGAACCGGAAGAAGUCAUCUAGGCUUAACACUUAG